CGCUCAGGUUGCCACAUGUACUUCUUGGUCCUAAACGCGCGCACCACAAACAUGCUCACCAAGUUAUCCAUAUUGUGGUGUGUUUGCGGGCUGGCCGUGGCCGCGCCUGGCAUCUACGAUGGCAUCGGACUGGCACCAGGCUACGCCGCACCAGCUUAUGCCGCACCAGCAUUUGCCGCCCCUGUGGUUCAUGCCGCCCCAGCUUACUCCGCUCCAGUAGUUCAUGCUGCCCCGGUUGUCCGCGCAGAACCUGUGGACCCGAACCCUGCCUACAGUUUUGCAUACGGUGUCGCAGACCCCACUACGGGAGAUCAGAAGGACGCGUCUGAAACCUUACAGAACGGUGUGGUUCAUGGCUCAUAUAGCCUUGUCGAGCCUGAUGGUCAUCUAAGGAGAGUCACUUAUACUGCUGAUAAGAUCAACGGCUUUAAUGCUGUCGUAGAGAGAACUGGUGGCGCUCAUGCGGUGGCGGCUCCCGUUGCCAAAGUAGUGGCUCCAGCGCCUGUGGCUGUAGCUGCCCCCGUCGCCAGAUACACCCUCCCAGCUGUCGCCCACCCUUGGGGUUAAAUCUACACGAGAUUAAACUAGAAUGCUUGUGUUGCUUAACGUAUGUAGUACGUUAAGAGUCAUUACGUUUUCCAAGAACGCUUGAAUUU